UAUUUAACAGACACGGUUCUGGUUGUCAGAACGUUCACCAUGGGGUUUCAGUUGAGCGUUCCGCUUCUCUGUUUUGCUGUACUGGCAGUGAUGCAGUCUUGUUGCCACGCAAAAGAAGAGAGAAGAAUGUUUAGUUAUUUUCAGCAAAUGCUACAAAUUACUGAACAGAAAGUAGGUGCUAUUGGGGACAAACAAAGACGGGAUAUGGAAACACUGAACAGUGGACUUAACAGUCGUAUUGAGGAACGCGUCAAGCAUCUAUUUCGGAAGUGGGCAGGAAUGCCUGAAAUACCUAUCUACUGCCCAUAUCCAGUGUUAUCUGAUAAGCUAUUGGAGACAUCCUGCAAAGGAGUUUACACGGAGGGUAUGGUGUGUAAGCUCAAGUGCCCAAUGGCCAUCCACCUGAUUGGGACUCGUUUCAUCAGAUGCACCCGGCCUGCAAGUGGCUAUACUGGCUACUGGGAUGGAGAUGGAGAUGGAGAGCCACAGUGUAAAAAACCAACAUGUCCACCAUUGCCUGCACCUAACAAUGGCGCUCUUGUUUGUGACAAAUGGAGCGGCGGUUUCAUGUGCCAGAUCCAGUGCAACGAAGACUAUGAUAUUCCAUCCAGUCCUACCUUUCCGACAUACGUCUGCCAAGAUAAUGGUGUUUGGAAUAACCAACAUGUACCAGAUUGUGUAUAUCGUGAGUAUGGCGAGCCAUUAAGGAUGCCGAAGAAUUACUAUUUUACAGGACAGUGUCAUCCCGGUCAUUCAGAAGUGAAGAAUUCAUUUCUGGACUACGCAGAGGCUCGUGAUAUAUGCCCAAAUCGUGCACAUUGCACUGUGGAAAACGUGGAGAUAAAGUGUGGGGAUGAAGUUGGUGAUGAAUUUGAGGAUGAUGUGUUCUUUUAAUCACCAACACGUGUGUCAAAUAUGUAAAUGUGUGUCAAAUAUCUUUUUAAUGGUGUGGCAUAAUACACAUAUAUCACCUGCAUGGCAAAAUUCACAUCAUAUUUUAAUUGUUUGAAAAGUCUAACACACAAUGUGUCAAUAAGUGAAAUAAUUUCAUUGAGAUAAAUUAAGUACAGGUUGGUGGAUAUUCUGUAUCUUCAAGAAAAAUAAUUUCAUUCAAAAGCAAUUGUCAUGGACUCUUCUUCAUAUGCAAGCUUCUGGAAAUAUUAAACCUGUCUUGGCUGGCUGCU